AUGCUUUUUGGAAAACGCAAUAUUCUUGGGAAUCUUUUCAACGACGUGCAAUGUGAGUUUUUUUAAAGGAGCAAUGACUCAUAGAUUUCUCAUUUCUGUAAAAAAGUGACGCCAUGUCCAAAAAAUUUCGCAAACUUUGUCAUUCUUUCAAAAAAUGUACUUGAAAAACUGUGAGUUUUCGAAAAAUUCCCCCAGAGCAUCAGGACCCGGAAGCAUGAGGGAGGGGGGUUAACUUUAGGUGCAUUUUUGAAGGUAGGGGCCUUAACUUUGAGUUAGGGUGGUUAACUUUUCGAAAAUUUCGCCUGGGAGAGGGGUCCUCGGAGCUACUAGUGCAUGUAUGCUCGGAAGACUUCACGAGUCUCAUUCAUACAUGAAUUAGUCGCUCCAGAGACCCUUGAGUUAACCCCCCUUCCAGGAAAUAUUUUCAAAAAGUUAACCCCCUAACCUAUGUUUUGUGGGUUUUUGACCCCUGAAUGCAUAAAAUUCUUCAAAAUUUUCAAAAGUUAAGGGACCUACCUUCAAAAAUGCACCUAAAGUUAACCCCCCUCGGAGGCGGGUUAAAAUACAUGAACUGGGACUACGAAAGCGGAGGUUAACCCCCUCCCAGGUUAACCCCCUCCCUCCGCUUUCGUAGUCCCAGUUCAUGUAUUUUAACCCCCCUCCGAGGGGGGUUAACUUUAGGUGCAUUUUUGAAGGUAGGUCCCUUAACUUUUGAAAAUUUUGAAGAAUUUUAUGCAUUCAGGGGUCAAAAACCCACAAAACAUAGGUUAGGGGGUUAACUUUUUGAAAAUAUUACCUGGAAGGGGGGUUAACUCAAGGGUCCUCGGAAGACUUUACGAGUCCCAUUUCAGGCACCCCACAGCAUCAACAACAGAAGCGUCAAUCGAUAUUCCGUAAAUUCUCAAUGCUCUCCUCGCGUCGCUCAAUCGAUAGUCUAUCAUCAACAUUAUCCUCUCCGCGAACUCCAUCGCCACGUGGAACUUUCAGUGCCACAAACUCUUGUGAGCUGACAAUUGUAGCCGCUCUUCAGGGACAUAUUUUGACUGUGGAUGAGAUGCGAUUCUGCGCUCUGGAAAUUGGUAAUCUAUCAGAUGCUGAGAAAUUGAAGUUACUCACUUUUCUCAAAUCCGAAUCAUCGGCAAUCAUCGAGAAUAAUGCGCUGAAAAGUUUCCAAUGUGCCAGUUUGAAUAGUUUGCUUCUCGAAAAUCUUGAAAUCCUCGACGGAUUGUGGGAGAUUAUUGUUGAUGUUGUGAUUCCAAAUCUGCAAUCAAUCAUCUACACAUUAAGUGAGGUUGAUGCAAGUUUCGAUGUGCAAAAGUGGAUCUUCACAGCGUUCAGGGAUCGAGUUCUGGCAAAGGUAUGUGAUUUGUUUUUGACAUACCUUUUGAAUACAAUUCCCUUGCUUUCAGCUCCUUCAAGAUGUUCAAUCUGAAAUCCCCAAACUAAAAUCAAUGCUCACAGUGAUAAUGGUGGAAACCGAUGAUAAUUUAAACCCCACGACUCGCUCGAAAUUCGACAUUUGCUUGGGAAAAUCCAGAAAAACCAAAAAACCUUUGGAAAAAACGCGCUCAAAAACUGAUUCCUGCCUGGCUUCCACUUCUUCAUCUCCAACAAAAUCGAAAUCUGUCACUUGGUCCACAUUCAGUAGCUAA